GUACAUAGUUGGUGGACACCAAAACAUUUCUCAAGGCAAGGCAUUGGCAUUUCUACCACAGCACCGAGAGGACGACGUACAAAAGCAAUUUGUUGGUCAUGCACAUGAGCGGCCUGGACGUUGCCAGUCUACGACGUCUGGCGACAACAGAGGGCAACAUCAUAAUUUAGUAGCCGCCUAAGCAAUUUGGGGGUUCUACUAUUUCAAGUUGCCAGGAAUCGAUAUCGACACUUCCCAAGUCGACGGGAAUGCUUCCCCGGAAAUAAAACAUGUAUUGCUCAGCAUUCUGCAGUCCAUGCGACGGUCAAUUGGCAAGCCCUCUAGCAGUUUCGAAAACGAGAUUGCGUCCCGGUUGCAACUAACAGAGGCAUCUAUAUUGUCAAAGACCGAGGAACCGGAGAAAUUUGAAGGUCGUGUCGUUUUCCAGGUGAUUGUGGACGAAGAAUUGCUCAAUGUCUCUCAAAACGUCCACGGUGGAUGUACGGCCAUGAUAAUUGACAUUUGCUCGACAAUGCCCAUUUACGUCCUUGGGGCCUCGACAAGCGAUCAUGGCGAAUUUGGCGUAUCACAGUCUUUAAACAUUGUGUACCAUUCACCAGCAUUGCUGGGAGACAAGCUACGCGUUGUGAGCACAUCACUCGCUCUUGGCAGCCGGGCACUCUCAAGUCGUUGUGAAGUAUGGAAUGUUACGCGACACCGAUUGGUAGCAUCAGCCGUGCACAUUAAGAUGGUUCCAUCUGAACCUAAGGUAUCUGAAUCUGCCAAACUCUAACCUGGGUGCGGUCACAAGUCUAGGUGACAUGUUGAUUUACACAUACCACAAUCAUUAUAUGGCUGUUUUGAAAGUAGUCCUCUGGCCUGCUCGUAUUCUGCAUGGAUUCUAGCACUCUGUUCAUUGACAAGCUAAUGUCGCGUAGCCUUAGUUUCCUCAAUGACACUGGUUGGCUAAUCGAA